AUGAGCCAGAACCGCCACCGAUCAGUUCCUAAGGGAACUGGUGCACCUCUGUCGCCCCCUUCAAGUCAACCCUCGGCCAACUUUGCUCCAGCGUUGACUGCAUCGAAACCCUUCCCUGAUGUCGCGUAUUCGUCCACCCAGACAACUCCAAUCAGCCCAAAGAGCGAAGACAACCAGCUCUUAAAACAAGCAGAGGCGCUCGCGAAUAUGCAUUUUGAACUCAACCUCCAUACUGUCUUCUCGCUUGCCAGUCGACUUGAAAAAGAAGUCCAGCAGCUCGUUUUCCGCACCGCUGAUGACCAAGAAUUCAGACGCCAGAAUGAAGAACGAAUGACGAAGAUGAUGAUUGAGGUCCAAACAGUCAAGGCUUACAUGGCUCGCAUGGGACAUAAUCAUGAGCCUGCCACACGAGCGGACAUCGAGAGGUUACAGCAAGCCAUGAGUGAUACCACAAUGGAGUGGAACAACCAACUGGAGGACGCAAGGACAAAGAUAGAUGAGAUAUCAGGUCGAAUGAUUAACGUUUCGCGGCAUGCAGGUGUCAGGGGCAAUGAGCCUCAGACAAGCCCAUCUCUGGUUGGAAUAGAAACACGAGCAAUGCGAAAGGCAAAAACGGAUAUCAUCUCAAGUGCCCACCAGCAGCAGACCUCUCCGAGCUCGUCGACUCUAGAGUCACGCAUCAACGAUGCAAUCAACUCGACAAAACGCUGGAACCGCGAACACAAGACCACAAAAAUGAGAGAGGAUCAGUUCAUCAUUAGCUACCUCAAGAAGCAAGGGCAACGAGACCCGGUACUCGCCAAGGUAUUGCUUCAGGCGAUUCGCGAGCGCGCAUCCAACACAAAGACAAGAACUAGCAAAGCAAAGAAACUACCAAGUCUCGAGGAAACUUGCCGCAAUACAUCGUGGCAAGAUGUUAUAGACUCAGCAACAGAAGUUUUUGUGGUCAACAAAACACAGACCCUCCAAUUUCUGAAGCAAGCUUGAACCAGGGGUGGACAGAUUAUAUGGAACAUUGGUGUGUUUUGACUGGAGCUUAGCGAAUCACUGUCAAG